AUGUGCGAUCUAAAUUGGGUCCAGUCGUGUGCCUGGAUCAAAAAAGGCUAUGUAAGUACCGAAGCAGAAAGGAAUGCACGUGUGGUAAUGGAGGGCAACUUAACAAUUGCAGAGGGUCGCAUGUGUAGAGCAUGCAAAAGCGUGCCAGAGACGAUCCCGCAUAUUGUAAGCAGCUGCCCACAUUGGGUAGCAAACCUGUAUGAGUGUAGGCAUAAUGAUGUUCUCAGAAACAUACAUUACGCCUUGUGCAGGAAAUAUGGCCUAAAACCGCCACACUUCAGGCAUCAAUUAGAACCAGUCCUGGAAAAUGAUAAGGUCAAGAUACUAGUGGAUGUUCCAAUCCAGACUCUUACCCCUCUAGCACAUAACCGGCCAGACCUCGUGAUCUUUGAUAAGGUAAAAAAGCAGAUCACCGUUGUAGAAGUGCGAGUAAGUUGGUUUACAUGCAUAAAGGAACAAAUAAACGCCAAGGUCUACAAAUAUACAAUAGACUCUACCAAAAAUGGCGAGCCUAGUCCGCCCAACCAGGCUCAUGAUUCGCCAAAUGGCAGAGUGCCGCAUGGGGCCCCAAACCUCAUCGGCGAUAUGAUGAUGCAGUACAAGCAGCCUGUACUGUUUAUACCAAUUAUAAUUGGUGUAACCGGAGAGGUCGAAAAGACACUCCCCGGAAGACUUAAAGACCUGGAGGUUCCAAACGUAAGCGACCUACUUGAACGAAUGCAACGCUCUGCAGUACUAAGUACUAGCCGAAUUAUCAAACGACACAUGGUACUGCCGAUUGCGAAUGAGUAA